ACAUUGAGCUUCACCCAGACUGCAAACCCCUUCCUCUGUCUAAGAUCUCAUCGGCCAUGAAGAAACCCGAGGAAUCCCACCUUUUGGAGAAACGAUGGAAGUGUGAUGACUGCGGGAAAAGCUUCUGUUUCCCAUCUUCGCUGGACUCUCAUCGGCGCAGCCACACCGGGGAGAAGCCGUUCCCCUGCCCCGAGUGCGGGAAGGCCUUCAGCAAUUCCUCCAACCUGCUGAGGCAUCAGCAGGUCCACACGGGGGAGAGGCCCUUCAGCUGCCGCAAGUGCAGGAAGGCCUUCUGCAAUUCCUCUGCCCUGCUGACCCACCGGCGGGUCCACACAGGAGAGAGGCCCUUCAGCUGCUCCGAGUGUGGGAAGGCCUUCAGCAAUUCCCCCGCCCUGCUGACCCACCAACGGGUUCACACUGGGGAGAGGCCCUUCAGCUGCCCAGAGUGCGGGAAGUGCUUUACCCAGCUCUCCACCCUGCUGACCCACCGGCGGGUCCACACAGGUGAGAGGCCGUUCACCUGCUGUCAGUGCGGGAAGGCUUACACCUGCUCCUCCGCCCUGCGGAGGCACCAGCGAGUUCACCUUGGAGAAAAACCGUGGAAGUGUGGUGACUGUGGGAAAGGCUUCCGUGUCCCGUCUGCCCUGGAGACUCAUCGGCGCAGUCACACCGGGGAGAGGCCAUUCCCCUGCACCGACUGCGGGAAGGCCUUCAGAGAUUACUUCCACCUGCUGAGGCACCAGCGGAGCCACACGGGGGAAAAACCCAUCAGCUGCCCAGAUUGUGGGAAGGCCUUCAUAUUUUUCUCUGCCCUUUUGGCCCACCAGCGGGUCCACACAGGAGAGAGGCCGUUCAGCUGCCCAGAGUGUGGGAAGGCCUUCAGGUAUUCCUCCACCCUGCGGACCCACCUGCGUUUCCACGCGGGGGAAAGGCCGUUCACCUGCCCUCAGUGCGGGAAGGGCUUCACCUGCUCCUCCACCCUGCUCAGGCACCAGCGGAUCCACACUGGGGAGAGGCCCUUCACCUGCCCCGAGUGUGGGAAGGCCUUUACCAACAACUCCUCCCUGAUGAGGCAUCAGCGGGUCCACACAGAGGAGAGGCCCUUUACCUGCUCUCAGUGCGGGAAGGCCUUCAGCAGUUCCUCCCACCUGCUGACCCACCAGCGUGUCCACACGGGGGAGAGACCGUACACCUGCCCUCAGUGUGGGAAGGGCUUCACCCGCUCCUCCCACCUGCAGAGCCACCAGCGGAUCCACACCGGGGAGAGGCCCUUCAGCUGCCCCGAGUGUGGGAAGGCCUUUCGUGUUUCCUCCACCCUGCUGACCCACCAGCGGAUCCACACCGGGGAGAGGCCCUUCAGCUGCCCCGAAUGCGGGAAGGGCUUCACCCGCUCCUCCCACCUCCGGAGCCACCAGCGAGUUCAUAGUGGGAUGAAACCGUGGAAGUGUGGUGACUGUGGGAAAGGCUUCCGCGUCCCGUCUGCCCUGGAGACUCAUCGGCGCAGUCACACCGGGGAGAGGCCAUUCCCCUGUACCGACCGCGGGAAGGCCUUCAGACAUUCCUCCCACCUGCUGGCCCACCAGCGGGGCCACACAGGGGAGAGGCCCUUCAGCUGCCCAGAGUGUGGGAAGGCCUUCAGCACUUCCUCCACCCUGCUGAGCCACCAGCAUGUCCACACGGGAGAGAGGCCGUUCAGCUGCCCUGAAUGUGGGAAGGCCUUCAGGUAUUCCUCCACCUUGCGGACCCACCGGCGUUUCCACGCGGGGGAAAGGCCGUUCAGCUGCCCUGAGUGUGGGAAGGCCUUCAGGUAUUCCUCCAUCUUGUGGACCCACCGGCGUUUCCACACGGGGGAGAGGCCCUUCAGCUGCCCCGAGUGUGGGAAGGCCUUUACCCGCGUCUCUGCCUUGCGGAGCCACCGGCGUGUCCACACCGGGGAGAGGUCCUUUAGCUGCCCCGAAUGCAGGAAGGCCUUUACCGACAUUUCCUCCCUGUUGAAGCAUCAGCGGAUCCACACGGGGGAGAUGCCCUUUACCUGCUCUCAGUGCGGGAAGGCCUUCAGCACAUCCUCCCACCUGCUGACCCACCUGCAUGUCCACACAGGGGAGAGACCAUACACCUGCCCUCACUGCGGGAAGGGCUUCAGGUAUUCCUCCGGCCUGCUGACCCACCAGCGGGUCCACACAGGGGAGAGACCGUACACCUGCUCUCAGUGCGGGAAGGGCUUCACCUACUCCUCCCACCUGCGGAGACACCAGCGGAUCCACACGGGGGAGAAGCCCAUCACCUGCCCAGAGUGCGGGAAGGCCUUGACCGACAUCUCCUCCCUGAUGAAGCAUCUGCGGAUCCAUACCGGGGAGAGACCGUACACCUGCCCUCAGUGUGGGAAGGGCUUCAGCACAUCGUCCUCCCUGCUGAGGCACCAGCGGAUCCACACCGGGGAGAGACCGUACACCUGCCCUCACUGCGGGAAGGGCUUCACCUGCUCCUCCAACCUGCGGAGACACCAGCGAGUUCACGUGCCAUUGCAGGGGGAGUGAAGGAGUGACGGCCGAGUCCCAUUAUCGACCGGACUAUCCACCCGGUUCCGGGGACUCCCGGGUUCGAAUCCCGCCACGACAGAUGGCAGAAUUGGUAUUCAGUCAGAAAUGUGGAGUUCGGAAUCUAAUUAUGAGACCGUUUCAGGGAGGGGGUGGUGCGGGGGAGAAAGCCCCCAUCUGAUUCCCUCUCUCCCUUGUUGUUAGGGGAGGGAACCCCCAUUGUGGGAAAGGAUUCACUCAGUCGUUCCAGCUGCAUCCUUUACCUGGUCUGGCCUACACGUGACUCCAGACCCACAGCAGUCUGGUUGACUCUACACUGCCCCUUCCUGGUAAAGGAGCGGGAAGAAACUUACUUGGAGACAGGGUAUGGGUUGAAAUUGCUGAGUGAGGCAAUCCUUCCUCUGGGUUACGGCUGUACCAAGGAUCCAAUUAGGGUUCUCCUUUAUUCUAUUUGCUAAAGGCUGCUCGUGUCCUCUCUUUGCUCUUCUUAUCUCUCUCUUUCAAUCCUUCCUCGGUGAUCUGUAAUUCUCUAUUGCCUCAUCUGUACCAUCUUGCCUCAUCAAUACAUAAGCCUCAUGGAACAGCAUCAUAAGACACAGAACUUGUAUCAAAAGAUCAGUGUCAUGCAACUGAUAGAAUAUAU